AUGGCCGCAUUAACACUAACCCGCAGCCUUCAUUUCCCUCCAACCCCACCUCUCAAAACCCUAAAACAACACCAACAAUCAAAACCCAAAACUAUAACAAUCACCGCCACCUCCCUCUCUGGCCGCAAACUCGCAGCCGCCGUGAUCGGUGGUGGCCCAGCAGGUUCCUCUGCCGCAGAAGCCUUAGCCGCCGGUGGAGUUGAAACUUUCCUCUUCGAACGCAGCCCUUCUACUGCUAAGCCAUGUGGUGGAGCUAUCCCUCUUUGUAUGAUCGACGAGUUUUCUAUCCCUCUCCACCUCAUCGACCGACAUGUCACUCGCAUGAAGAUCAUAUCUCCUUCGAAUCUGACCGUUGAUUUCGGAUCCAAGACUUUAAAGUCCCAUGAGUUUAUCCCCAUGUUGCGUCGCGAAGUACUGGAUUCUUUUCUCCGGUCUCGUGCUCAAUCCAACGGUGCUCAUUUUAUCUCCGGCCUCGUCACAGAUAUUGAGGUUCCUGAUUUUUCUUCUUCAAAACCUUAUAUCAUCCACCACACGAUUAAUAAUCGUAAACAUUCUUUAGCCGUUGAUCUGAUUGUUGGAGCUGAUGGGGCUAACAGCAGGGUGGCUAAGAUUAUUGAUGCUGGGAAUUACAGUUGUGCCAUUGCUUUUCAAGAGAGAAUCAAAUUGCCGGACGACAAAAUGGAGUACUAUCAUGAUCUCGCGGAAAUGUACGUUGGGAAUGACGUGUCACCUGACUUUUACGCGUGGGUGUUUCCAAAAUGUGACCACGUGGCGGUGGGGACUGGCACCGUCUGUGCAAGGCAGGAUAUUAAGGUGUAUCAAAGAGGGAUCAGGGAGAGGGUUAGGGAGAAGAUUAAAGGUGGGAAAGUGAUUAAAGUGGAGGCUCACCCAAUCCCUGAGCACCCGCGUCCGAGGCGCGUGCGUGGACGCGCCGCGCUCGUCGGGGAUGCGGCGGGGUAUGUGACCAAGUGCUCGGGAGAAGGAAUAUAUUUUGCGGCAAAGUCGGGGAGAAUGUGCGGGGAGGCUAUCGUGAAGGCUUCGGAAGGAGGGAAGAAGAUGGUCGGCGAGGAAGAUUUGAAGAGGGAGUAUUUGAGAGAAUGGGAUAGGAAGUAUAUGAAUACUUUCAGGUUUUUGGAUUUGUUGCAGAGAGUGUUUUAUGGGAGUAAUGUGGGUAGAGAGGCAUUGGUGGAGUUAUGUGGGGAUGAGUAUGUGCAAAGGAUGACAUUUGAUAGUUACUUGUACAAGAAGUUAGCUAGUGGAGAACGAUGGGAUGAUGUGAAAUUGGCUUUGAAUACUCUUGGGAGUUUCAUGAGGUGUAAGAUUGUAGGAAGGGAGAUGGAGGCUUUGAAGUUGUAG